AUGUUGAUUUAUACGUCUAAGGCAGCAAAUCACACUGUGGGAGCCCCAAAUGGUGGAUGGGAUCAAUUCACUGAUCUUAAAACAUGGGCUUCAUCUCAAACAUUUUCCCCUGGAGAUAAUUUGUUUUUCCAGUAUGGAUCAUUCCAUAAUCUUCUCGAAGUGUCGAAGGCGGACUAUGAUUCUUGCGUGACAAGCAACCCUCUAAACCCUCCUUACAUUGGUGGCUUGACAGUCAUUCCUCUCACUAAUCCAGGUAAAAGAUAUUUCAUCUGUGGAAUUCCUGGACACUGCUCGGCCGGCAUGAAGAUUGAAAUUAACACGACUGUAUUGGCUCCGGCUGCUGCUCAAUCACCAACACAAACUCUGGCCACUACUUCCUCCCUCGUCUCUCCAGUUUCCUCUCCCUCUCCUUCACCACUAUUUAAUACUUUUCCUUCUGCAACUGAGAUUCCUCCUGCGGUAUCUUUUCCUGAUAGUACUGCUCUCUCAUCAGCAACCAAGUUCAGUGUGACCAUUGGAGUUACAGUCGGAUUGGCUUUCCUUAUGGUGAUGCUUUUAAACAUGUGA